AUGUCUACACCUUAUUUAAUUAUCAAUUCCUUUUCUGAGUCUUCUUAUGAAGCUAUACUAAAAGCUAUACUAAAAGCUAUACUAAAAGCUAUACUAAAAGCUAUACUAAAAGCUAUAGAGAAUGCUAUCACUAAUCCUAUACCAUAUCGCUGA